AUGGAAAUCGAUGGGAUGCAGACUAAUAACCAAGCUGCUGGCAAUCUCAAGGCGUUGAGAGAAGUGGUAUAUACGACCCUCUUAGAUUCCGAUUUUGUGCCGUUACCCCCUUUGGUUUCAGGUAAAUCUGCUCUCUAUACUUUGCCUGGGAUUCCACAGAAUGGUGGUGAGGUUACUGAAGGAAUUGCAAUGGUGUUUCACUAUUUCAGCCCAUUCGUUGAGGCCUUCUGUGGCCGUCACCCUGUAGUGUUGUUGGAUGAGACGAAACAAGUUAAGAAAAUUAGGAAUGUUGUGAAGAUGAAGGAGAUAGCACUGCCAUUACUAGUAAUUUAUUGUGCAGUCACACUCGCCCGUUUGCGAGCUCCACCGUGCCGCCUUUUGGAUCUUCCUCUGGAUCUUAAAUCAAAGAUUAUGAAGUUGCUGCCAUUAGAGGAUAUUGGUAGAGUUUCAUGUGUUUGCAAGGAGCUGCAGAAUCUGGCUAAUGAUGAAUGUGAUGAUGACUUCUGGAAGCAAAAGGAGUAUGGCACAAAUUUGAUAGAGUUUCGUUCAGCGGUUCAGAUAUUGGUUUGGGGAAGACGAUCGCGUCCCUUGGAAGUCCUGCUAUGUUGA